AUGAGCCCGACGGGCCCGAGCCCGAACCCCAACGUGCCGUCUGAGUACUGCAGCACCGUCCCGCCGCUGCAGCAGGCGCGCGCCGCCGGCACGCUCAACUCGCCGCCGCCCACCGUCAUGGUGCCCGUGUCCGUGCUCAAGCAGCCCAGCAGCGACGCGACGGUACGGCCGCCCGCGGCGUUCCCGCGGCAUUCCCGUGGCGUUCCGGUACCGUUCCGUUGGCGUUCUGGUACCGUUCCGGUACCAUUUUGGUACCAUUUCGGUGGCGUUCUGCUGGCGUUCCGGCGGCGUUCCGCUGGAGUUCCGGUGGCGUUCCCACUGCGUUCCGGUACCGUUCUGCUGGCGUUCCGCUGGCGUUCCGGUACCGUUCUGCUGGCGUUCCGCUGGCGUUCCGGCGGCGUUCCGCUGGCGUUCCCGUGGCGUUCCGGUACAGUUCUGCUGCCGUUCCGGCAGCGUUCCGGUACCGUUCUGCUGGCGUUCCGCCGGCGGAACGCCGGCGUUCCCAUGGCGUUCCCAUGGCGUUCUGGUACAGUUCUGCUGCGUUCCGGUACCGUUCCGCUGGCGUUCUGCUGGCGUUGCGCUGGCGUUCCGGUGGCGUUCCGGUACCGUUCUGCUGGCGUUCCGCUGGUGUUCCGGUACCGUUUUGCUGGCGUUCCGCUGGUGUUCCGGUACCGUUUUGCUGGCGUUCCGGUGGCGUUCCGGUACCGUUCUGCUGGCGUUCCGGCGGCGUUCCGCUGGUGUUCCCAUGGCGUCCCCAUGGCGUUCCGGUACAGUUCUGCUGGCGUUCCGGUACCGUUCCGCUGGCGUUCCGGUACCGUUUUGCUGGCGUUCCGAUGGCGUUCCGGUACCGUUCCGUUGGCGUUCCGCAGGCGUUCCGCUGGCGUUCCGUCGGCGUUCUGGUGGCUUUCCGGUACCGUUCCGGCGGCAUUCCGGUACCGUUCUGCUGGCGUUCCGGUACCGUUCUGCUGGCGUUCCGGUGCCGUUCUGCUGGCGUUCCGGUACCGUUCUGCUGGCGUUCCGGUGCCGUUCUGCUGGCGUUCCGGUGCCGUUCUGCUGGCGUUCCGGCGGCAUUCCGGUACCGUUCUGCUGGCGUUCCGGCGGCCUUCCGCUGGCGUUCCGGUACCGUUCUGCUGGCGUUCCGGCUGCCCCCGCGAGCAGAAGCGUGUCUGGUUUGCCGACGGCAUCCUGCCCAACGGAGAAGUCGCCGACACCUCCAGGCUGUCGGCGCCGAGCCGCCGCAGCUCACAGGACGCAGCCUCAGAGCCGAGCUUUGAAUUUGACCAGAUUUUUGUUUUUCUCUACUGUGUACGGCUGCUAAAUGCAGCAGAGUUGUGUUUUUUUCCCCGUUUUUUCCGGCCGGCUGUUCUCACCACGUCGGCGUCCGUGGAAACGCGGAGCCACAGCGAGUUGAUGCCGCUGGCGGCGAGCACGGCGAGGUGCGGCGUCAGCGCGCUGCAGGUCGCCAUGGCGAUCUCCUUCUGA